AGUGACUCACAUUUAACAAAAAAAAACUCCUCAUCCUCCACAAAAAUUAUUUUCUAAGUUUUAAAAAUUAAAAAAUCGAAUCUCUCCCCAGAAUCCUCCUCCUCAAAUCUCGUCGUCUUCUCCGGAUUGCAAAAGAUUUUUAAACAAUGGUGGCGGUGGUGGAAUCUAAUGACGGUGGUAUUGGAAUCAAUAGUGUUUUGAACGGAACGUCGUCGGCAACGGCGACGGCGGUUUCAAGAACAAGCGGUGAUUUAUUGUCUGCAACUUUUAAUACAGCAAUGGUGGAGGAGCCUUGUAUUUCUUGUACCACUUUUAAUAUUCUGGCUCCUAUUUAUAAGAGAUUAGAUACUCAGAAUCAAAGUAUUCGUGAAAGCGAUUUUAAGAGUUUUUGGUUUACCAGAAACCAGAGGAUUUUGGAUUGGUUGCUUUAUGAAAGAUCUUCAAUUAUUUGCCUCCAGGAAUUUUGGGUUGGGAAUGAAGAACUUGUAAAUAUGUAUCAGCAUAGUCUUGGUGAUGCAGGCUAUAUCACCUUUCAGCUUGGCCGAACCAACAACCGUGGCGACGGUCUGCUGACUGCUGUGCAUAAAGACUAUUUUAGGGUUCUAAAUUAUCAAGAAUUGCUCUUCAAUGACUUUGGAGACCGUGUUGCGCAGCUAUUACAUGUUCAAUCUGCUGUUCCUUUUCUGCAAAAUCAAAUGCAAAAUCUAAAUGGGAAUUCACCACAAGAAUUUCUGAUUGUAAACACCCACUUGUUAUUUCCUCAUGAUUCCAGCCUAUCUAUAGUGAGAUUGCAUCAGGUUUACAAAAUUCUGCAGUAUGUGGAAACAUAUCAGAGAGAGAACAAACUGAGUCAUAUGCCAAUCAUUCUCUGUGGUGAUUGGAAUGGUAGCAAACGUGGGCAUGUCUAUAAAUUUCUUAGGUCACAAGGAUUUGUUUCAUCUUAUGAUAUUGCUCAUCAAUAUACCGACAACGAUUCAGAUGCUCACAAGUGGGUGAGUCACAGAAAUCACAGAGGCAACAUAUGUGGUGUUGAUUUCAUUUGGCUUCGGAAUCCUAUUAAAUCAAGAAAAUCGCUAAAGACUAGUUGGUAUGAAGCAGCAUUUGGAAUAAUAAAGUGUCAACUUUUGAAAGCUUCACUGACGGAAAAUGAUGCAUUUGCAUUUUUUAAGGCCGAUGAGCCUGGUGAUUUCAUAACGUAUUCAGCAUUUUGUGAAGGGCUCCGCCAGGUAAAUUUAAUUGGUCUUCCUUAUGGCCUGAGUUUCCAGCAAACGAAAGAACUAUGGAUCCAAGCAGAUAUCGAUGGCAAUGGCUUCGUUGAGUAUGAGGAAUUCAAGGAGAGGAUAUGGAAAUCGUCAUGUCCAGAGCAAGAACAGUGUACUGCAAGUGUAGAGGACUCUGAACAGGGCAAAGAAGAAACAGAAGCUAUAGGUUUCGCAGUAAAAAAUGCGGUUCUGUUCCCGCGUGAAGCAGAGAAAGGGUUGUGGCCAGAGAAUUACUCUCUUUCAGACCAUGCUCGACUCACAGUUGUGUUCUCGCCCGUAAGAAUGCAUAGCUCCCAGCAAAUUUUGUGAUCAUCAUCACUGGUGGAUCAAACUAGCACAUAUGUAGAAUAGAAUCUUAAGAAUUUUUGUAAAUGAGAAAAGUUAAAGAAACAAACUGUUUAGACAAAUUCCGGGUAAAAAUUUGAUAAGUAGCUGUAAAUUAGAACUCCAGCCAAAUUUUUCAGGCUGAGAGAAGUAUUUAUGUUGGAUUUGACUCUUGACCCGAAGAAAUUCUUAACAAAAACCUUUUUCUCAUAAA